GCGCGCGCCUGCCUCAGGGGCCGGGCUGGCGGCAGCUCGGAGACUGCGGGGAGCCAAGCGUUGUGCCCAGCGGCAGCCACGGAAGUAGGAGAACAAGAUGAAUGCAGAGGUCAUUCUCUCUCCCUCUUGGGGGGCAGAGGAGGACACCUCAAGCAUAGAAGCCUGAGAGGAAGUUCGGAGUGGUGGUGGUUGGCGUUGGCAGAGCCGGCUCUGUGCGGAUCAGGGACUUGCGGAAUCCGCAUCCUUCCUCAGCAUUCCUGAACCUGAUUGGCUUCGUGUCCAGGUGGCUGGCAUUUAUCCUGUGCCUUGUAAUUCGUGGCAAAACCAAUGAGACGAGAGCUUGGGAACAUUGACGAAGUCCGGCAGAUUUCCUUGGAAGAUGCUCUUUCCAGUGAAGAGGUUGAGGUUGCUUUUAUCUGCAGUGAGAGCUCUAGCCACGAAGACUAUAUCAGGCAGUUCCUCAAUGCUGGCAAGCAUGUCCUUGUGGAAUAUCCCAUGACGCUGUCUUGGGCAGCAGCUCGGGACCUGUGGAAGCUGGCAGAGCAGAAAGGGAAGGUCUUGCAUGAGGAGCACGUUGAACUCUUGAUGGAGGAGUUUGCGUUCCUGAAAAAAGAAGUGGUGGGGAAGGAUCUGCUGAAAGGGUCUCUUCUCUUCACAGCUAGCCCGUUGGAAGAAGAGCGGUUUGGCUUCCCUGCGUUCAGUGGCAUUUCUCGCCUGACCUGGCUGGUCUCCCUCUUCGGGGAGCUUUCUCUCGUCUCUGCCACUUUGGAAGAACGAAAGGAAGAUCAGUAUAUGAAAAUGACUGUGUGCUUGGAGACAGAGAACAAACGUCCACUCACCUGGAUCGAGGAGAAAGGGCCUGGUCUAAAACGAAACCGACACUUGAGCUUCCAUUUUAAAUCUGGGUCUCUGGAGAAUAUGCCGAAUGUCGGAGUCAAUAAGAAUAUUUUUCUGAAAGAUCAAAAUAUAUUUGUCCAGAAACUCUUGGGCCAGUUCUCUGAAAAGGAGCUGGCGGCUGAGCAGAAGCGCAUCCUGCACUGCCUCUGGCUCGCAGAAGAAAUCCAGAAGCACUGCUCCUCCAAGAAGUGAGCCGAGGACACACGCGGGACCACAGUUUCCUCUUUACAAAGAGCUGGCCUUCAUCUCGAGUCUGACAAUUAAACGUGUCUUGG